GAGCAAGAGGUGAAUUUGUUACUAAAAGUUUUAUUUGAGAUUUUAUAUGAAAAGAUUUAAAAAGAGACAUUUUUUUAAAAAAAAAGACAAGUGCACUUUAUAGUUACUACUUAUGCAUGUUAAUUCAUUAUUGAUAUCAUGAAAGGCCAUGUAGUAAAAGUUUGUGAGAAAGAAUUUGUACCGCAAAAAUUAAAGAUUUAUGAAGGAGAGACUGUAACAUUUGAGUUGGAAAAUUUAACAUCAAAUGUUGGAAAACAGCCGAUAUAUCAGGUUUAUUGUGACCAAGACAGCUGCUUACAGGUAGAUGGUGGCUUUGAAACCAAAGCUCUUUUACCUACUGGGAUAUGGAUUCAAGAGUUUAAUCUUGCACGUGAUUACUAUUUUAAAUGUGGAAAUAUUCCGUUGUUGAAAAUUGCUGUGAGUCCAAAACCAGUUCAAAUUGUAAAAGUUUCUGAUGAAGGUUUUGCUGGAUCUGUAAUUAGGCUAUAUAAAGGAGAUACUGUUAGGUGGACAUGGAAAAACUGUGCAGAACUUCAUAAUAUUACAGAGAGAAAAUAUUGUGUAGAUCAUGGCGGUUACAUGAAAUUUAAUAGUAAACAAGAGCCAUCUCAUUCUGGAGCAUUCUUUCAAACCUUUAACAUACCUGGCAUCUAUUUUUUUGAAACCCAAUCAGUAAUUGAAGAUAAAGCCUUUUGUAUUGUUCAAGUUGUGGAAAAAUCAAGGGAGCAUUUGCUUGACAUUAAAGACAUUGGUUUCACGCAUGCUUUAUACGAAGUGUUGGUAGGAGAUAGAGUUUGGGUACAUUGGCGUCAAAGCAAGAAGUCUUCUACAACUGCUCACUCUGUUCUUAUCAAAAAGAUAUGUGAACUUAAUCAAGUUCAAAGUGUAGACGAGGACACAGUUGUUGCUGAAGAUUCUUACCCUGCUCGCUAUGCAGGUUUGUUCUCGUAUCUAUUCACAAAUGCUGGGAUCUAUGAAAUUCUUGAUGGAGAACGACCACAACUGAAAUGUGUUUUAAUAGUAAAACCUGCUCCAAAACAACAUGUCAUUAAAAUAACAGGAGAUGAAUUUGUUCCUGCCUUAGGAUCUGUAAUUCAGGGAGACCGCAUUUGGUGGACAUGGAGUGGCACCGAAGUGGAAGAUGAUUUUUUCUUUCUACGUCUCAGUGAAAGUAGUUCUCUAAAUGAUGCUACCAAACAAUGUUGUUCCAUUUUGGAGCAUGUGUUUCGAAAUAUUUUUAAAUCUGUUGGUGUGUUUUCCACAACUGUUGAUAAAUGUGGAUUAGAAACAUUUACUGCAAAAAACAUCAAAGGUACUGGGUCACCUCAAAGAUUUUGCUGCCUUAUUUCUCAACCGAGUUCACAACAUCAUGAAGUCAAACUGAAAGAACUUGGUUUUAUGCCAAAAUCUUUAUUAAUAAAAAAAGGAGAUUUUGUUUGGUGGAAGUGGAUGGGAGUUAAUCAUCCUACUGGAAUUGAGCAGAUUGGUGUUAAUGGUGAGGCUUUAGAACCCAGUCUAUUUGAAUGUCCAUUACAAGAUAAGACAGGUGCAUUUAUGUUUCGUUUUCAUGAAACUGGUACUUAUAACUUUCGAAGUAUUGAUUUUUCACAUCAUUUAAUGACUGUUGUUGUUGAACUCAAAGAGGAAGUAAUAAAAGUACAAGUUUCUCCAAAAUCAGUACGUCCUGACCCUGUUGUUGCUCGUGCUGGAGAUAUUAUUUGUUGGAUGUGGCCAAAAGGUGUUUCAAGCUCAAUAACUUAUUUUAAACCUGGAGACAAAGAAGCUGAUGAGGUUCUUUUUACAGAAAGACGAUGUCAUAGUCAACAUUUUUCUCAACCAGGAGUUUACCAUUUUACUUGUGUGUCACUUACCAAGAAAGACCAGUUAUCAGAGUUUUCGCCUGAGGAUAUAUGGAGCACAGUGUUGGUGGAUACAGCAGAAACUGAUUGUAUUGUUAAAAAUAUUGAUCCUGCAUUUUUUCGCCAAGACACUAUUCAUACUAUUAAGGGGAAGGAUAUUUUGUUUACAUAUAAUAAAGAAAAAGAAGAUACAUGGAAAUGGAAUGUAAAACAAAGAGACACUGAUGAAUUAGUUGAGGCUGAAAGUAUGUUUAUUCCUCAUACUGGUCGAGUAAUAUCAUUUGUUCAGAGUGGUGUUUUUGUUGUUGAAGUAACAUCUCAAAAUGGAAAAUACGAAUGUUAUGUUUAUGUUGCUGACUCAGGCGAAAAAGUUCAAGCACCAGAAAUAGUAUCAGAUCAUAACGGAGGUAGUGUGAAAGAAGGGCAUAAAGUUUUUCUUUCAAUAGACCUUCAAGGUGCUGAUGUUUAUUAUACAACAGAUGGAACCAUGCCUGUAAUUGGUGAUCCACAAACAAAACGUUAUGAUGAGCAUAAUGGUGUUGCUUUAGAAAGUUCUGGGCUGAAAUUUAUCAGAGCUGUUGCAUUAAUUAAAGGAACCUUACCAAGCAAGGUGUUAACAUCAAGACGUUUCUGGGUAAAACCUCUGGACUGGACGACUACAGAUUCAGCAAACACAAGCGAUGAAACAAAUCAGCCAAAAACCCACAAGAAUAAGAAAACUCGACAAAAAAGUGUGAUUAAAUCAGUAAAAAAUGAAAAAAAAGAUUCUGAAGUUGAGUACUAUACCUUAAAAUAUCAAGAACAUGGUGGUGUUGUUGAAAAGAAUAGCAAAGUUGUUUCAAUCAAUUCAAAUCAGUUUAAACCAAGUGAAGUCUCAAUAUUUGAAGGUGAAGCUAUUACUUUCCAACUUAUGUCUGAUGCUAAACAUUUGAAUAAUCAAAGUAUUUACCAAGUACAGCAAAGUGGUGCUGCAGUUUGUAAUGGUUUUACAAGUGGAGCUGUUUUACAACAUACACAAACUUGGACUCAAGAAUUUAAUUGUAGCAAUGAGUAUUUUUUUGCAUUUGCUAAACAUCCAUCAUUAAAAGUUGUUGUGAGACCAAAACCUAUUAUUGAUGUUGAAGUAACUGAUGAAGGAUUUAAGAAGCCUCUUUUAAAACUCUAUAAAGGAGACACAAUCCGUUGGGUUUGGAGUGACUGUCGCAUUUAUCACUCUGUAACGGAAGUAAAGUAUUGUUUAAAGCACGGUGGGUAUAUCAGUUUAAAAAAUGCUGAGCACUCAUCUCUUAGUGGUACUUAUUUUCAAACAUUUACAAAACCUGGUAUUUUUUAUUUUAUUACUGAGGUUACUAAGCCUGGAAACAAGAUUGUUAAUCCUGGUGUUGAAGCCUAUAGUUCAAAAGCUACUUUUGUUGUGCAAGUGUUGGAAAAAAGAAAAGAACAUUUGUUGGAACUCAGAAGCAAUAACUUUUCAUUAUGUCUAUUAGAAAUUAAUGCUGGGGAAAGAGUAUGGGUGCAAUGGAAAAACAAAUUACACCCUGAUGACCUUUCCAACGAUAAUAGACCAUUUCAUUGUGUGUUUAUUAAACGAGUUUGCCAACUUUUAGAGUUCCCAGAUGUUUUACUUUUAGAUAGUAAUUUAAAAUCACAUGCUUGCAUUCUAGCUUUCGAUUUUAAAGAUAUUGGAGUUUUUGAGAUUUGUGAUAAGGAAACCUCUGCAAAGUGUGUUGUUUUAGUCAAGCCCAUAACACCACAACAUGUAGUUAGAGUUUCACCGCAACAGUUCCUUCCAGCAUUGGGAUCAGUUACUGAAGGUGAUAGAAUUUGGUGGACAUGGCACCCUGAAGAAAUGCAAGAGGAUUUUAAAUUAUCUAAAUUAUUUGAAGAUGAAAAUCUUGACCAACACAUUGAAACACAAUCCAACACAGGUUGUUGCCUUAUAGAUAAUGAAUUCACAAUGGUUACUAAAAAUGCUGGGGUUUACUGUACUAUAAUGGAAAAAUGUGGUGUAGAAACAUAUCGAUCUACUUUAACUGAAAAUGAUGAAAAUACAAGAUGGUGUUGCCUAAUAUCCAAACCAAAAGCUAAACAUCAUGAAGUCAAAUUGAAAGACACUGGGUUUGAGCCAAGAGUUUUGUAUGCAUCAAAAGGUGAUUUUGUUUGGUGGAAGUGGGCAAGUGUUAAAGAAGUAAACUCCAUUAGCCAGGUGUUGCUUGGCAAAAAAUAUCUAUUGUCAUUAAAUUGUCCAAGUCAACCUUUAUAUGGUGCAUAUUUUCUACAGUUAAAUAAAAAUGGAACAUACAUUUUUAAAGGGAUUGGUGGCUCGGCACAAUUGAUUGGUUCUGUUGUUGUUCAUUCACAAAUAAAUUUACACAAACUUCAAGUAACAAGCAAGCGAGUAUUGCCGGAUCCAGUGGUUGCAAAUUUAAAUGACAUUGUUUGUUGGAUGUGGCCAAAAGGAAUUCUAAGUUCUUUAACCGCCUACCAAGAUGAUAAUUCAACUGAAACAGAUGAUAAUGAUGUUGUGUUCUCCUCAAGGCGUUGUAUGGUACGAGCUCUUUCUCACAGUGGAGUUUAUCAUUUUAGCUGUUCUUCGUUGCCAAAUAAAGUAAAAGAAGAUUCUGAUUUUGCUCCUCCUGGCAUUUGGAGCAGUAUACUUUGUGAUAACACAGAAGAAAAUUAUAUAGUAAAUUUCACAGAUCAGAAAUCAAAUAUGUCUGUCUAUAUUGAAAAGGGGGAAAAUGUGCUUUUGAGUCUAUCAGCAAACAGGGAGUUAAAAUGGACAAUCUCUGAUAGUAAUCAACAGAUGGUUUCAUUAGAGAGCAUAUUACUUCCUGAAGUUGGUACCUUAUUUCACUUUAAUCAAACAGGUUGUUUUCGAAUCACAGCUGAUGCUGAUGUACCAGUUAAAAACAAUUUAAUUUGCAAUGCACAUGUUUGGGAUACAAUGGAGUCGUCACCUUGUAUUCUGUCUGGUGAGAUGAAUGGCGGAAGUGUGGAAGUUGGACAUGUAGUCUAUCUACACUGUGCAUCAGAUGCAACUAUCUAUUACACAACUGAUGGAACUAUGCCAAUGGCUCCUUUUUCAAUGCUUUACAACAAAGAUGAAGGCGUGCAAUUGUUAAAUGGUGGUAUAUUCUUUGUGCGAGCCAGAGCUUACUCAGACGGGAAACGUCCAAGUGGUGUUUUUACAUCAGAGAGAUUUUAUGUUUUUCCCCCUGAAACACCUGAACCAUACUUUGCUGAUACAGAGGUUUCAUAUAAAUCUAACACAGAUGAUGUAAUUGCAGCAAUAGAAGGUACCUCUCUAGUUCUCCAAACCAAGUCAGGCCAAAAUGCAGAUGACAUUAUAGGAGAUAAUCAAAUUGUUAAUCAGUUAGAAGUUCAAAUUAAGAAUAGUGCUGAAAACGAUCCACCAACAAAAAGUGAAGAAAAUAAUCUACCUGUAAAAAGUAUAGAAGAUAAUCUGCCAAUAAAAAGUGUAGAAAAUAAUCUACCAAUAGAAAAUGUAAACAAUAAUCUAACAACAAAAAUUAUGCAAAAUUGUUUACCAAUAUAUAGUAUUACAACAGCACCAUUAAAAAGUCAUGAAAAGUUUGUUAAUGGAGAAAUGUGUAUUGAGGAGAGUAUUAAUGAAAAAGAACAAAGAGAUGGUGCUGAUAGUGAAAAUGUUCAGUCAUGGAAAGUCCAACGCAAUGAUUUAAAUGAUAAGAGAAACAGUUUUCUGAAGAAUGACUAUGAAUCCCUUAAAGCAUCUUUAAUUGAAGAUAUCACUGAAGGUUUGUUGCCUACUGAAAUAGAAAAACUUCAAUCACAAGUUGAAGAAAGUUCUUUGAAUGAUAUAAACGAGAGCACAGAGCCAAGUGCCACAAACAGUGAUUUUGGAAAUAUGCAAUCAUGGAAGAUACGUCGUAAGGAUUUAGAAGAAACAAGGAAGAGUUUUCUAAAGGAUGACUACGAGUUUAUUAAAAUGUCUUUGGUUGAAGACCUUACGGCAGGUUUGCUACCUACUGAAAAAGAAAAACUUAGAUUGCAUAUUGAAGAAAAUUUAAAAAAUGAAAUACUAGAAAGUGAGCAACAAAAUUGUUUUAGUGAAAACAAAAAUGAAAAUACAGAAGAUAAAAACAAGGAUCCUUUUGUUCAAAUGCAAUAUUGGAAGAUGCAGCGUAUUGAUUUGAAUGCCAAGAGAAACAACUUUUUGACCCAUGAUUAUGAACUUCUUAAAAUGUGCUUGAUUGAGGAUCUUACCGAAGGUUUGUUACCUGAUGAAAAAGAAAAACUUAAAAUGCAUAUUGAAGAAAAUUUAUCAUUAAAUCAUGAAAAAGAUUCAUAUACAGUCGAUGAAGUAAAGAAAACUGAAAACAAAGAAAGAAUUAAUAUAAUUGAAAAAAUUAAAAUUUGGAAGAAGCAGCGUCUUGAUUUAGAAGAGAAAAGGACUUGUUUUCUUAAUGAUGAUUAUGAGAGUCUUAAAAAAUCACUAAUUGAAGAUCUUACUGAAGGGUUACUACCAGAUGAAAAAGAAAAACUUCGCUUACAUAUUGAAGAAAACAUUUUUGUUCCAGAACAGAUUGUUCAAGAUUCAGUUGUUGGUGAAUCCAUCCAGAUAGAAACAAUAGAGGAUAAAAAUAAGGAAUACAAUAUAAAUGAUGAAGUGAAGGAGUCAAGUAUUGAAAUCUUAAAUAUUUUAGGCAAUCAAAAGGUAAACAUAGAUAAUACAAAUAUAGUAGAGUAUCCAGAAGAAAAUAGAGAAGAUCAAUUUAAAAUUGAAAGUUUAACAGAAAAUACAAAUUCAAGUUCUAAUGAAUUAAAAAAUGAUAUCACUGAAAAUGCUAAUAAGGAUAGUAACCCUUACAUUACUGAUGAUUGGGCCAAAGAAGCUUGCAAUAGAGAUAAUGUGGUACAAGACCAUUCAUAUGCUACUGAAAAGAUUUUAGAAGCUAAUCUAGUUUUGGUUGAAGAAAAAACAGAAUCAUUUAUGGCCGAGAAAGAUGAUGAUUUAGCACAGUCUUUUAUUGAAGAAAGAAUUUCAUCAAUGAGACCUCGCUCAAAUUAUCGAUCAGAUAGUCGUAUUGAAGAUGUUAUAUUAGGCAAUGUUGAUGUUGGUCUUGAGACACUUUUUUCUGCUAAUCAACAAGAUGUUAUAGAAAUCGUAAAAGAAGAGAAAGCGAGCAUAAUUAAUAGAAUCACCAGAGAAGAUUCUAUUAUAAUUAAGGUUGAGGAUACUUUUAAAGAAUUAAAAAGUCAAUCGGAAGUAGCUGAAGAAGAACUGGAAUUGUCAGGUGAUAAAAAUGUAACUGAAUACAUUGAACAUACAGACAAGGAAAAUAUGUCCAAUGUCAACCAAGGUCAUAAUCGACAAGAUCAUAAUGAUAAGACAGAAAAUGUUGAAAUUAUCAUAAAAGAAAAAUUAGUUUCCUCAACAAAUGAAAUUAAUAAUGAUAGUAGUUUUCAAAGCAAAAGCAUUGAAUACCAUUCUUCAGGGUUGCCAUUAUUUCAGUCGACUCCAGUUCAGUCAAGAGAUGACCAACUAGACUACGAUGCAAUGAAACAUGAAAGUUUAAGUGAUGUUAAACCAAUUAAUUUGGACAACCAUUUUGAUAGUAACUUUAUUGAUAAAGACAAUACCAUGCUCACAAGUAAUUAUAUAAGUGUCAAACAAGUGGAACCAACAGAUAACAAAGAAGAUCUAGCCGAGCUAUUAUCAUUUUGUGAAGAAGUUAAUCUGAGUAUUACAGAUAGAAAGCAUGCCCAACAAAUCACAUUUUCAAGAAAAGAUACUGAAAUUAAAGUUCGAAAUAUUGUUGAUAGUAUGUUUGAUUCAGGUAUAGCUGAAAAAACAUUUUCUGAUGCUACCAUCAAUAAUGACCAGGACCAUACCUUAACCACAAAAUAUGUUGGAGAAACAGACAAAAGUGAGCAAGAAAAUGUUUGUCAUAGCAUUUCUGAAGAUCAAAAUGAUACAAAAGUUUGUAAUCAAGUAUCUAGAGAUGAUUUACAGAAAACGGUUGUGGAGCCUGAGUCAAUUUUGAAUUCAGAGGAAUCAAAUUCUCAACACAGUGGUUCAAAAAAGCAAUCAAGUAUACAUAGUGAUGCAAGGCAAAGUGAUGUGGAAGCACAUGAAAUUUUACCUGAGAACAUGAAUGCUGCCAAUGCAAACUUUAAACUGAAUUUUGCAUCAUUAAAUUCUAUAAGAUUUGAUACUGAGGAUUCUCCAGAAUCACAGCAACAAAUCUUUUCUGAUUCCAAUCAGAAUGCAUCUCUGAAUGCAAGCACAUUGAGAUCAAUGCCUGUUGGAUCUGACAGUGAGAUUCUUCCAAAAGAUACCUCAUGCUCUGGGAACACCAGUGAUGAUGAAAUAUCUUUAAGGUCACCUGUAAAUGACAUAAAAGAAGUUAAUAACCCAAAUGUAUGCAAAACCUCAACAUCUGCAGCAGACAUGACACUUGGUUCACAUACUGAUAGCAACUCUGUUAAUGACAGUGAUGCAGGUUUAAUACCUUAUCAACGUAUAACUCCUAACAGUUUAAGCGCAUCAAAUAGAUUAAAUUAUUUGCAAACAGCAAUGGAGGGUAUGUUUGAUGAUGAACUCUCAUAUGUAGAAAAUUCAUUUUCAGAAAUGAAUGGCAUAAUUCAUUUUAAACGUCUUCCUCCAAAUGAGCUCAAAUCUUCGCUAAAAAAUACAGAAUCUCAAAAGGAAUCUUAUUUACCACUAGGAUAUCAUGAUCAACAAUUCAAAAAGUAUAACCUACUUCAAUCUGAUGUUUCAGAUGUUAGCGAAUCUUUAAAAGGAUUCAAUGUUAAUGGCUCAGAGCAUAUUGAAGAGGUUGACAUAGGGCCAUUAAAAAGACUACAAUCUGUUGAGAGGCUUUCUACAAAUACAGCAAAUUCACUCAAAAAUGAUCUGGAUUUAAAACCAUCAACAUCUCCAGCUUACACUGUUGAUAAAAAAUUUAAAGAAGGUUUUAAGAUGAAAAUUAGUGGCCAGUUUGUUACUGUUACCGACACCAAAUUUCUUCCUGACAGACUUGUUAUUUUUGAAGGUGAAGCCAUAACAUUUCAAUUUAGUAACAAUUUGUUAACAAGUGACCAAAUUUAUCAGGUUUAUCGCAGUGAAGAAGCGGUGGUAAGAGUGGAUGGUGGGUUCUCAAGUGAUAACUCUCUUCAACAAUUAAAAACUUGGACACAAGAGUUUAACCUUGCAAGAGAAUAUUUAUUUAAAUUUCGAAAUCAUUCUCCUGUCAAAAUUACUGUGAAAUCAAAACCUGUCAUUGACAUUAAGGUAACGGAUGAUGGAUUUAGUGUAGCUGUCAUCAAGCUGUACAGAGGGGACACAUUACGAUGGAGUUGGAAAAACUGUGAAGAACCACACAAUGUGAUGGAAAGAAAAUAUUGCAUGGAUCAUGGUGGAUAUACAUCACUGGAAAAUCAGGAGAAUGCUCGCUACACUGGAACUUAUUUUAGAACCUUUGAUACUGCAGGUGUUUACUUUUUUGCAACUCAAUCUUAUGAUGAGAGCAGAGCAUUUUGCAUUGUGCAAGUCCUGGAAAAAUCAAGAGAGCACUUAGUUGAUAUUAAAAAUUCUGGUUUUACACGAAAAAUACUCGAAGUAACUUCUGGCGAUCGUGUUUGGAUACAUUGGAGACCAAGUAAGACAUCAUCAACACUAAAACAUUCUGUUAGUAUAAAGCAGUUAUGUAAAACAGAAGAUGAUACUUAUGACCAAUGGUUGCCUUAUGUUGACUCGUAUUCUUCAAGACGAGCAGGAUUGCUAGCUCACCUUUUUGUGAAGACAGGGGUAUAUGAGAUUUCUGACAUAGAAUCACCAGGUAUGAAAUGCAUUGUGUUAUGCAAACCUGUGCCAAGACAGCAUGUUGUUAGAAUCAGGAGUAAUGAAUUUUCUCCAGCAUUAGGAUCUGUAAGUGAAGGAGACAGAAUAUGGUGGGUAUGGAGAGAAGUUGAGGUUUCUGAAAAUUUCCUGCUUUGUAGAGUAAAAGAUGGAAGUGACCACGGAGAAAGAAAUCAUGAAUGUUGUCAACGAUCUGAGAAAAUUUUUAUUUCUGUAUUACGUGCUGUUGGAGUUUAUUCUAUUGUUCUUAACACCUAUGGUUUACAGACAUUCAAAGCUUCUCAGGAGAAUGGAGAAUAUUGCUGUUCACUAAUUAUUCAACCAAUGAUAAAGAUUCACGAGGUGCGGGUGCAUGACACUGGUUUUGGUGAAAGUUUGUUACAGAUUUCUAAAGGAGAUAUUGUAUGGUGGCGAUGGAAUAAUACAAAACUGGUUUGUAAAGUACGCAGUUGUGGAAUCAAUAUAAAUAAUAUUGUUCAAUGUCCAGAGCAAUAUUAUACUGGAUCUUUUUUUUAUCAGUUCAAUGAACCUCAAACUUAUGAGUUUGAAAUAGUUGGGCCAGAAAAAUCAUUUAAAAUUUCUAUUGUGGUUAAACCUGGAAUUCAGGUGAAAAAGGUUCAUGUUACAUCGAAACGUGUGGUACCGGAUCCAAUUAUAAUAUCUUUAAAUGAUGUUGUCUGUUGGAUGUGGCCGAAAGGUGUUAGGAGUGGCAUUAAGACUUUUAAUGACAAAAGCAUCGAGCAAACUAAAUAUUUAUUAACUAACUCGGCACGGCGUGCUUAUGGUCAAUGCUUUGCCAAACAAGGAGUGCAUCAUUUCAUUUGCAAUUCAUUUGAAUCUACUAAAAAUGAGGUUUGUGAUAUCUGGAGUACUGUAUUAGUUGAUACCCCUGUUCAUGAUUACAUUUGUACAGUUGAUUGCAAUCGAAAGAACCAUAAACAAGAUGUGAUUCAUAUUGAGCAGAAAAAGAAAAUUAUGUUUACAUAUAAUAUGGAUAUACCUGACACAUGGAUAUGGACUGUGACUCGAUUUUCUAACAAACAGAAAGUGGAAAUUGAUAACCAUUUUAUACAAAAAUGUGGGAGAGCUUUUCUUUUUAAUGAGAUUGACACAUAUUUGGUGGUAGUUGAGUCUGUUAACACUAUUUAUGAAUGUAUUGUCUAUGUGCACGGUGAAGGAGAAAUAGUUGAUCCACCAUCAUUAAUAAUGAGCGUGUCUGAAUGUGAAAAGCUAACAGUAGGUCAAAAAAUAUUUUUGACCCAUCCAAAUAAUGAAGCAAAGUUGUAUUACACAAUGGAUGGAUCUUUCCCACAUCCUGGUUCCACAGCCACAAGGGAGUUUGAUUCUAUAGAGGGCAUAACACUGGUUGACAGUGGAAUUGUCUUUGUUCGAGCUGUAGCAUUAGUAACAAAUAAAAAACCAAGCGAAGUGUUUACAUCAAGGAGGUUGGUUGUUGUUGGCAAUAAUAUUCCUCUUACUUCAGUAGCCACUUCAGAAAAUGAAACAAAUUUAGGAAAUAGUAAAUCGAAACAACUUUUAUCUGAAUAUCUUGAACAUGAAGAAGCUGCAGUCAAGGGAGCAACAAUAAAAGAUGUUUUUGAAGAAUCUAAUGGAGACUUAAAGGUUAUUACUGAUGAACAAAAUUUAAACAGGUUUAAUGAAGAUGCCUCAUCAAGCUUUUCCAAAAUUGAAGAUAGAUCCAUUGAGUCUCACAAUGAUCCCUUGCAUAUACUUAAAGGUGAUGAAAAGGAUGGCACAGGAUACAACACAAAUGAAAUUCAAAAUGCAACCACAGGUUCUUCUGAAUCUACUAGUAAUAUAGUACUAGUGGAUAGAAAUAAAGAGAAACAAAUAAAUGAACCUUUUAAUGCUGAUUAUGAGAAGUACGUUAUAACGCAAGAUAACUUUUUACAUUCUAAAUUGUCAAAUUUUAAUGAUGAUGUUGAUCCAUCUCAGAAUUCUUUUAGUGAAGGAAGCACUAUAACUCAGGACUUUAAGGAAACACCUCAAAUAAAUUUUAUAAAAGCUGGUCCACCUUCAACAACAAGUGAAGAGCUUUUAACAAGUGAACAUUUCAAAGAUGAUGCAUCAGUUAACAGUGAUCAUACAUUGGUGGCGUUUGAUGAGCCGAAAUCUAUUUUUAAUGAGUCAAGUGCAAUUUCAGAUGUUGGAAAAGAAAUCUAUAUAGUUAGUGAUAAUGAAGUUCACACUUUAGUAAUGGAUGCUAAAGAAGAUGGUAUAAAAAUUAACAAUGUUCAAGCUGUAACAGAAGUGGAUGCUUUUAAAUUAUUACAAAUAGUACCCAAUGAUGAUACUGGGAUUAAAAAACAUGAAGAUUUAGUUAAGUUAGAGAUGUGUAUUCCACGCAUAACAGCAUCAUUUCUUAACUCAAACACAGUUAACAUUAUACUUAUAAAAAAUGAUAAAAAUGAUCUCGCACUCGUCAAAGGAUAUUUUUUGUAUGUGGAUGGAAUGCCACGUGGAAGUAUUUUAGAAAGCUGCAUUCAAGCUCUUUCAGUUAGUGGUUUGCGAGGAGGAAGAUCAUACGAAAUCAGCGUAAUGACAUUUUUUACUAAUCAAGAUAUUGAACCAUUGAUAUCAAAUAUACUGUUCAUUACUUGUCCAAGUGUUAGCAGAGAGGGAGGGCCUGUCAUCUCUUUAUCAUCAAUGGAUAAUCGAGGACAAGUUAAAGUUAUGUGGAUGGCCAAUUAUCAUCCCGAUAAAACUGUUCAAAAUUAUACUUUGAAAGUUAACAAUGAAGUUGUGAAAACAAAUAUUUUACCAGUAAACAGUGUAGAAGAGUAUUGUAUAUGCUGUUUAAAAGAUAUUCCUGAAAAUACACUUAUUAAAGUUUCUGUUUUAGCAAGCCUAAAUGAAGAUCUUGUUGAAUUAUCUUCAAAUGAGAUAUUUUUUUCACUCCCUUUUUCAUUGUGUUUUCAAUCAUAUUCACUUAAUCAAGAUCAAGAUUAUCAAGGCAAUAAUAAUCAAGGCAAUAAUAACUUAUUUAUCACAGACAGUAAUUCAGAUGUUCAAGAAAAUAUUGACAAAGAUCAACUAACUAAUCUCUCCGUUUCAUGUCAUUUAUUGGCAAGUGAGUCUAUUGACUUGUCAAAUGUUGAUGAUAUCCUUCAAGUAAAGGAAAGUAAAGUUUUAUUACCCAGAGUUCUUCAAGAUAAACUAUUGCAUGUAUCUAAGAAAAGUUUAUUAGAUAACAUACCUGAAAAUGUUGAUGAAAAUAUAUUGGAUCUUGCAGAUCAAAUGAGUAGCGACAAAACAGUUGCAGUAGCAAGCAUUUUAAAAAAUCCAGAGAGUGAAAUUAAUGACUCUGGUGAUGGAACAUCUAAAGGUGAAACAGACAAUCAAUUCAAUGAAUGUGAAGCUUCGAAUUCUGUUGAUUGUGUUGAUAAUUUUAAUGCAAAUGAAGUUGAUGUUAGUGAAAAAGAUGAUGUAAUUGUUUUGACUGAUAAAUCUUUUAAAGAUUUCAAUAAUAAUAAUACUGCAUUGGUUUAUGGUAAUGAGGAAAAAGAAAUUGUCAGGUCUCAGGAGGGAACUCCAGAUGAGUUUUUAAAUGAUGAUUAUUUUAACUAUAAAACAUACUUGCUGCAACUCUCUGAUACAUCAAAGCAAAUUAUAUUGGAUUUGAUUGAAAGCUCAUUAGAUAUAUUCAAGAAAAAUCUAAUGCUUUCAGAUAAUUUCAGUGGUUCGGCCGAUCAAGAAGAAAAAGAAGACCGAGGAGAAUUUCACGAAAAUCUUGAUGAAGUAGAUGCUUCUGCAACAUUAAAUGUGACACAAAAAGAGAAAAAUCUAAUAGAGGAGAUAAACGUAAAUAAUGCUAAAAUAAAAGAUGACUACAAUGAUUUAGAUAGCCCCCCUGCCACUCCUGCAGAAUCUGAGUGUGAAGCACCUCUUUGGAGCAAAAAGAUUAGUAGAAUUGAAGUGUAUGAUCAGGAUGAAUUUGAACCAUUGUUGAGCUCAAUAAAAGAAUUGGUUUCUACUGAACACAAUAAGAUUGUUGACUCAAUGAAGGAUCAACUUCGCCUCAUAACAGAAAAAGAAAAGGUUUUAAAUGAAAAAGAAUAUGAACUCAAAAAAAUGAAGAAAGAGAAAAAGCAAGCAGAUUUCAAACGUAGAGAACUCAUGCUUUAUGAAAGAGAAAAAGAGUUGCAAAACAGAGAACAAAACCAAUUAAAGUUAGAGAUACAGCGUCGAGAAAAAGAAUUAGCUCAGCUUGAUGCACAUAUUAAAAGUCAAGAGUUUGAGUUAAAACAACAAGAAGCCAAACAGUUAAUGGAAGAAAAUGAAAAAAUGGCUAACAUUCAAAGACAAAAAGCUUUGAAUGAUAUUUAUGAGAAACAAAAAGAAAUAAUUGACAAACAACAGGAAAUCGCUCUACGGGAAAUUGAAUUGAAAAAGGAAAAAUUAAAAGCUGUUCAGAGACAAAAUGAAAUUGAACUUCAUAUUAAACAGUCCGAAUUGCGUACUCAAGAAGAUAAACUGCAUAAAAAACAAGAAGAAUUAUAUAAAAGUGAGUCUGAACUGUUCAUACGGCUUCAAGAGGCUGAACUGCAAAGAACAGCAUUAGCUGAAGAAGAAAAAAGAAUAAAAGAAAAGGAAGAUCUUAAAUUAAAAAUCCUUCAGCUAAAAGAAAUGGAGAUUGAUUUAAACACAAGAGAAAAAAAGUUAGAAGAGCGUAUCAAAGCUGAGGAAAAGCAGAUCAUUCUAGAUCGCCUUCGAUUUGAAGAACAAAAACUGAAGAAUGAAGCAGAGCAGUUAGAAAAAUUUAAAGAAGCUGAAAUGACUCUUAAAAGAACUCUUUUUGAGGAACAGUUUAAAAGAGAAAAACAAAAUCAGAUGGAAAGAGAAUUGUGGAAAAAAGGUUUGGAAGAAGAAAUAGAACUUGAAAGGUUGGCGUUAAUGCUAACACAACAAACUUUGUUUCAAGUAAAGAGUGAAGAAAUAGAAAAAGCCAUGGAAAAAAAAAUAUUUGAGUUGACUGAAGUAUCACGAAUUGCUGUUGAAAAAGUUGAAGCUGAGAAAGUACGCAUUGCAGCAGAAGAAGCUGAAAAGCUACGCAUUGCAGAAGAAGAGGCUGAGAAAUUACGUCUUGCAGAAGAGGAAGCUAAAAAAGUACGCAUUGCAGCAGAAGAAGCUGAGAAAUUACGUCUUGCAGAAGAAGAAGCUGAGAAAGUACGCAUUGCAGAAGAAAAAGCUGAAAAUCUUCGUAUUGCAACAGAAGAAGCUGAAAAACUACGCAUUGCAGCAGAAGAAGCUGAGAAAUUACGUCUUGCAGAAGAGGAAGCUAAAAAAGUACGCAUUGCAGCAGAAAAAGCUGAGAAAUUACGUCUUGCAGAAGAAGAAGCUGAGAAAGUACGCAUUGCAGCAGAAGAAGCUGAGAAAUUACGUCUUGCAGAAGAAGCUGAGAAAGUAUGCAUUGCAGAAGAAGAAACUGAAAAUCUUCGUAUUGCAACAGAAGUUGAAAAAGUACGCAUUGCAGCAGAAGAAGCUGAAAAACUACGCAUUGCAGCAGAAGCUGAGAAAUUACGUCUUGCAGAAGAAGAAGCUGAGAAAGUACGCAUUGCAGAAGAAGAAGCUGAGAAAGUACGCAUUGCAGAAGAAGAAGCUGAGAAAUUACGUCUUGCAGAAGAAGAAGCUGAGAAAGUACGCAUUGCAGAAGAAGAAGCUGAGAAAGUACGCAUUGCAGCAGAAGAAGCUGAGAAAUUACGUCUUGCAGAAGAAGAAGCUGAGAAAGUACGCAUUGCAGCAGAAGAAGCUGAAAAUCUUCGUAUUGCAACAGAAGAAGCUGAAAAACUACGCAUUGCAACAGAAGAAGCUGAAAAACUACGCAUUGCAGCAGAAGAAGCUGAGAAAUUACGUCUUGCAGAAGAAGAAGCUGAGAAAGUACACAUUGCAGCAGAAGAAGCUGAAAAACUACGCAUUGCAGCAGAAGAAGCUGAGAAAUUACGUCUUGCAAAAAAAGAAGCUGAGAAAGUACGCAUUGCAGAAGAAGAAGCUGAGAAAUUACGUCUUACAGAAGAAGAAGCUGAGAAAGUACGCAUUGCAGCAGAAGAAGCUGAAAAACUACGCAUUGCAGCAGAAGAAGUUGAGAAAGUACACAUUGCAGAAGAAGAAGCUGAGAAAUUACGUCUUGCAGAAGAAGCUGAAAAACUACGCAUUGCAGCAGAAGAAGCUGAGAAAUUACGUCUUGCAGAAGAAGCUGAGAAAGUAUGCAUUGCAGAAGAAGAAACUGAAAAUCUUCGUAUUGCAACAGAAGUUGAAAAAGUACGCAUUGCAGAAGAAGAAGCUGAAAAACUACGCAUUGCAGCAGAAGAAGCUGAGAAAUUACGUCUUGCAGAAGAAGAAGCUGAGAAAGUACUCAUUGCAGAAAAAACUGAAAAAGUAUGCAUUGCAGAAGAAGAAGCUGAGAAUCUUCGCAUUGCAACUAAAGAAGAUGAAAAACUAGGCAUUGCAACAGAAGAAGCUGAAAAAGUACGCAUUGCAGAAGAAGAAGCUGAUAAAUUACCUUUUGCAGAUGAGGAAGCUAAAAAAGUACGCAUUGCAGCAGAGGCUGAAAAAUCACAAAUUGUAGCAGAAGAAACUGAAAAAUCUUAUGUUACAGUAGAAGAAGCUGAAAUAAAAUGUAUUGUAACAGAAGUAAUUGAACAAGCAUGCAUCGCAGCAAAAGUAUCUGAAAAUAUAAACAUUACAGUAAAAGUAACAGAUAAACCAUGCUUUAAAGCAGAGGCUGAAAAACUAUGUAUUGCAGCUGAUAAAGCUGAAAUUGAAUGUAUUGCAGCAAAAGAAGUAGAAAAGGCACGCAUAGCAGCAGAAGAAGCUAUAAUAACAUGUCUUGCAAUUGAUGAAUCUAAUAAAAUAUGCGAUGGAGUGGAAAAACUAUCCCCUUCAAUUGAAAUUGAUGAGAAUAUGAACAUUGCAGCAAAAGAAGCUGAGAAUCUACAUAGUGCAGAAGAAGAAGCUAAAAAAUUUUGUAUUGCAACAGAAGAAGCUGGAAAAGUACAUAUUGCAGCAGAAGAUGCUGAAAAACUUACCUUCGAUGCAGAAGAUGAGAAACAAAGCAUUGGAGCAGAAGAAGCAGAAAAUCUUCGUAUUGCAGCAAAAGAAGCUGAAAAUGUACACAUUUCAGAAGUGGCUGAAAACUCAUGCAUUGCAGCAGAAGAGGCAGAGAAAGUAUGCUUUUCAGAAGAGGCUGAACAGGUAUACAUUACAGCAGAAGUUGAGAAAUCAUGCAUUACAGCAGAAGAAACUGAAUUUCUUUUUCUUGCAGCAGAAGCUGAGAAACUACGUAUUGCAGCAGAAGAAGCUGAGAAACAACGCAUUGCAGCAAAAGAAGAUGAAAAAAUACAUAUUGCAAAAGAAGCUGAAAAUUUUUGCAUUGCAGCAGAAGAGGCAGAGAAAGUACGAAUUGCAGAAGAAGCUGAGAAAGCACGCAUUGCAGAAAAAGAAGUUGAAAAAUCACAAAUUGCAACAGAAAAAGCUGAGAUACUACGCAUUGCAACAGAAGAAGCUGAGAAAUUGCGCAUUAAGGAAGAAGAAGCUGAGAAAGUACGCAUUGCAGAAGAAGAAGCUGAGAAAUCACAUAUUGCAACAGAAGAAGCUGAGAAAUUACACAUUUCAGAAGAAACUGAAAAAAUGCGCAUUGCAGCAGAAGAAGCUGAGAAAUCCCUCAUUGCAGAAGAAGAAGCUGAGAAAGUACACAUUGUAGAAGAAGAUGCUGAAAAAGCACACAUUGCAGCAGAAGAAACUGAGAUACUACGUAUUGCAGCAGAAGAAGCUGAAAAAGUACGCAUUGCAGAAGAAGAAGCUGAGAAAUCACGUAUUGCAACAGAAGAAGCUGAGAAAUUACACAUUUCAGAAAAAAUUGAAAAAAUGCGCAUUGCAGCAGAAGAAACUGAGAAAUCCCUCAUUGCAGAAGAAGAAGCUGAGAAAGUACACAUUGCAGAAGAAGAUGCUGAAAAAGCAUACAUUGCAGCAGAAGAAGCUGAGAUACUACGCUUUGCAGCAGAAGAAGCUGAAAAAGUACGCAUUGCAGAAGAAGAAGCUGAAAAACUACGCAUUGCCGCAGAAGAAGCUGAGAAAUUACACAUUUCAGAAGAAACUGAAAAAAUGAGCAGUGCAGCAGAAGAAGCUGAGAAAUCACACAUUGCAGAAAAAGAAGCUGAGAAAGUACGCAUUGCAGAAAAAGAAGCUGAAAAAGCACACAUUGCAACAGAGGAAGCUGAGAUACUACGCUUUGCAGCAGAAGAAACAGAAAAUCUUUGUAUUGCAGCAGUAGAAGCUGAGAAUGUAAGGAUUGCAGAAGAGGCUGAAAAAUCAAGCAUUUUAGCAGAAGAGGCAGCAAAUGUACGCAUUGCAGAAGAAGCUGAAAAAAUGUGUGUUGCAGCAGAAGUAGCUGAAAGUCUUUGUAUUGCAGCAGAAGCUGAGAUAGUGCACACUGAUGCAGAAAAAGUUGAGAAACCAUAUAUAAAAGCAGAAGAAGCUGAGGAAGGACGCAUUGAAGUUGAAAAAACUAAGGACACACAUAAUGAAGGAGGUAAAAAAACAUUCUGUAAAGCAGAGAAAACUAUGAAAAUACUCAAUGAAGAAGAGAAAAGUUGCAUAGAAACAGAAGAUGCUGAGAAACAAUACAUUAAAGCAGAAGAAGAUGAGAAAGCUUGCAUUGAAGAUAAAAAAACACAAACUGAAGCAGAUGCUGCUGAGAAACCACAUAUCAAAGCAAAAAAACCUGAAAAUGCAUAUAUUGAAGCAGAUAAAGCUGAGAAAAUACACAAUAAAGCUGAGAAAGAACGCAUUCAAAUAGAAAUAACUGAGAAUGCAAGUAUUGAAAAAGACAACGUUGAAAUCAAAGCAGAAGUUGAGAAAGAACACAUUGAAGCAGAAGAAUUUAAGAAAGCAUGUGAUAAUUGUGAAGUAGCUGAAGAAACACACAUUGAGACUGAAAAAGCUCUUAACUUCAAUGUAUGCUCCCAAGAUAAACAUUUUUCUGAAGAAGAUUAUACUAAAAUCAGUAAUAAUUUGGUAUCUUCCAUUAUUGCAGAAUCAGAAAAAGAGUUAGAACUAGUUGAAGUAGUAUAUAUUCUAUGUUGUGCUGCUAUUAAAGAUGCAGAAUCUGAUGUUAUUAAUGAACAUGAGAACUUGUUAGCCUCUGAUUCAUUCAUGGCAGUUGACAAAGAUUUCAAAAAAGAAGUAAAUAAAAAUACUGUUGACUUAUCUAUCAACAACUUGUGUUCUGAUUGUCACCCUGAUUUAGAGACGAAAAUUGAAAAUAAUUCUAUUGAAAAUGUAAAUAGUUCUGUAAAUACUUUUUGUGCUGUUGAUUGUUACUUGCCUAUCCAGUAUAUUGUAAAUGAAAUAUCACGUAAAAAUGAUGUUGAUGACAUUCCUCAUACUGAUUCCCUGUCUCGUUUUGAUGAUAUAACUUUUAAAAAUGAUAUUGAGGAAAUUGCUUUUAACAAUUCAGAUGUCUCAUCUGUAAUCAAUCUUAAAAAAGAUAAUAACUUCGAAAAAGACCAAUCCAAGUUAACUGAACCUUCUGAGACUUUCCAGUUUGAAGAUAAAAAGAUUUCUUUAGACAUCAAAGAUGUCAAAAAUGAAUAUUUGUACACUGAAGAUAUAAAAAAUAAGUCUUUUGACACAGUGGAUGUUAAAAAUGAAUUUUUAGACACUGAAGAUAUUAAAAAUGAAUCUUUAAACACUGAAGAUAUCAAAAAUGAAUCUUUUGAUACUAAAGAUAUUAAAAAUGAAUCUUUUGAGAAUGAAGAUAUUAAAAAUCAAUCAAACUUUUGUAUUGAAGAAGAUAAUUCUCCUGAUAAUUCUUUUAAGUUAUUAGCAAGUUGUCAUGACAACUUAUUAAAUUUUACAAAUAACUCUCCAUCAAGGACUCUAAUGACGCAAUCACCAGCGGUAUUAAUGAUGCAAUCACCAGCAGUAUUACAGUUCGAAGACAUAAACCAUAAUGAAGAAUUACCACCAGAAUUUGAGAAAGCAAGGAAAGACCAUGAAAUAAAAGUACGUAUAGAAGAAGCAAGACUUAAACAAGAAAGAGAAGAUCUACUAUUAAAACAAGAAGCAUUAAAGAAUGAAAGACUAAAACUUGAAAUAGAGGCAGAAGAGGUUCAGCUAAAGCGAUUCCAAUACUUUAAAAAUGAAGAAGAAAAUGACUAUCGUCAAAAAGUGGAAGAAAAACAUCAAGUUGCAGAGCGCCUUCGGCUGGAAGAAGAAAGAAAAAAGAAGUGGAUUGAAAGUCAAAAAAAAGAAAUAGAAAAUGCUAAAUCUGACUAUGCUGUCAAAAUUGUUAGUGAUAUUGUGAUGAAGGAUAUAACAAAAAAUCUUGUUGAAUGCACAAUUGAUGAAGCUUGUGAAGAAAUUUUAGAUAAAGCUGUUCAAUUGUUAACAAAAAAAACUUUAAAGCAAUCUCUAAAGGAAGUCGAAGAUGCACAAUCAGAAACAGACGAUUCUGUGCAAGGUUUUGAGCAAGAAUUUAUUAAAGACCUUAACAAACCUUCUUGUAAAUAUUUUAUGAAAACAGUACCUUUGAAUUCUUCAAGUUUUGUCCAAGGAAAUCAGUUUUCAAAAACAGAAGAUAACAUUCUUUUCACUGUUAAGAAAAAUCAAAACCUGAAAAAGGAUGAUGUUGAUUUUAGUGAUGAGAUAAUGAAAUCAUCUUUUGAUAUAUCUUUUGAUGAUGAAAUACAUUUAACUCCAGGAAAAAAUGUAUCUGCUCAGACUGUUAACAAAACAAAUCGAUUACCUCAAGGACUAGAUAUAAGUGUUCAGUCUACAGAAAAUAAUGUUUUACGUUUGCAAUGGGACUGGAAACCCAGUAUUAUGAAUUCUGGGUUCAAGAUCUGGUACAGUGUUUUGGUUUUAGGAACAAAAUUUUCUCAAAAUGUAAACAGUCAUAAAAGCCAUAAGUUUGAGAACAGUCCUCUUCCUGAAGCAUGGCCCAUGACGAAUCGAGAUAAAAUGAAAGAAGUCUGUGUUCAACACUGCUGGGAUACUUAUAGUAAACUCAUGGAUUUAAAAGGACUUAAACCUAGAUAUACAUACAGGAUAUGCGUUUUGGGAAGACGAGAUAGAAGUGGUCAGCGAUUAACAUUUGGACACAUACAGUUGACAAUGCCAGGUGCUCCAUCAAGACCUGACCUUAAAGUCAAACAUUUAGGAGAUAAAGAGGUGGUUCUAACAUGGGAUGAAGUGACAAGUUACGGAGAAGCAUUUUUAUCUGGAUAUCAGUUAUAUAUGAAUGGUGAAGUCUAUGGAAAGGUGUUUCCUCCAGAAACUCUAAAGGCAUCAGUUAAAAAUUUGGUUCCUGGUAGCCAGACUGUGUUUACACUUGUAGCUUUGACGAAUCAUAGCAUAGGUAAUAGUCGCCCAUCGCGUGCUGUUAGAGUAAGUUGCCCACUUGAACCUCCGUCUGUUCAAGAGAUUUUUCAAGUAGAAACUGAUCAAAUUGGAGUUGUGUUGCUAACUUGGCAAGUUCCAACUUACAAUAAAAGUUUUACUAGUAAUACUAAGGAAAGUGACACGCAGCAAAAUGAGAAAAAAGAUGAACCAGUGAUCUCUUGUUACUUGAUUGUCGUUGAUGGAAAGCUAUUUGGAAAAUGCUCACCAGAUGCCAAUGACAGAGAUUACAUUGGAUUUGAGAUUGAUGGUUGUAAAAUUGGUCAAGAGUACGUGAUAAGUGUGCAUUCCUAUUUUGAACCUCUUUCAAUUAAUCCAAAUCAAAGAAAUGUUGUUUGUGGAUGCUCUAGUGCUCCUUUGAAUAUGGUCAAAUGUGCUCCUGUUAGUCCACCUAAAUCUCCUAAACCAUUAAUCAAAUCAAUUAGUAUAGAAGGAAUAGAAAUUGCUUGGGAGAAAGCAAGAGAAUUUGGUUCAGCAAAGCUUUCUGGAUACAUUAUACUUGUCAAUAAGCAAGUUUAUGGCCCCAUCAUUCCAGCAAAUAGUCUUUCAACAAUUUUAAAUGACAUUACACCUGGCCAUGAUUAUCAUAUUAAUUUAGUUGCUACUACCGAGCAUCUAGUUGGCAGACAAAAAAACUUUGAUAAAAAAAAUAGUCUGUACAUUAAUGAUAGUAGUUCAUCAGAAAAUAGUUUUAACGCAAAAGAGUCUGGUGAUAGUGGGUUUUUUAAUUUUAUAUCUACAGUGCAGUCAAUGCGAGACAGUGAUAUUCAAUUGGACAAUUAUUCUGCAUGUGUACCAGGUCCAACUCUUUUAGUUAGAUUUAAUAACUUUGUUGUUUCGCCUGAAAAAGUUUCAGUGCUUGAAGUAACAGGUCAGUCUGUACAACUUGCAUGGAAUUUUUCAUUACCUAAAUACUCAAAAAAUGUACUUGAGGCAAUUCUUGUUCGUCCAGAAGUGUUUUCUGUCCAAUAUUGGUUACAUGGAGCUAGUAUGAGUUCUUCAAAAUGUAAAGAAACUAAAGGAACUAGAAUGUUUAUAUCUGAAUUGCAACCAGGUACAGAUUAUGAUGUUGCUGUGCUGUCGAAAGCUCGUCAUCAAAACCAGUGUGAUGCAUGGGAUCCUCAUGAUCCUUAUCUUUGCAAAGAAAUUUCUACAAUCGUAACUUUUCGAACUGGUCAUCCACCAUUGCCACCAACUGAGUUUAGUGUCAUCGGAGGAACAACAAGAUCUAUAAAGUUAGCAUGGAAUGAACCCAUUCUUCGAGGUGUUAAGGUCACAAAGUAUUUACUGAUUAUAACUGGACCAGUUUGUAAUCCGUUUACAGCUAGCAGUGAUUCUUUAUCAAGUAUUCCAAAGUUUAUUGAAAGAAAGCUUAAAACAAAGAAAACUGUUAUAACUAACAGUAGCAUAAAUGAUGUUAUACCAAGAGUCUGUGAAAUUUCUCCUGACACUGUCAUUUAUGAAGUCAAAAAUCUUUCAGAAAAGACAGAAUAUGUUUUUAGUUUACUAAUGGUAACACCCCAUUCUAAUGUCAAUAUGUUGAAAGAGCUUUAUGACACAGUUCAUGAAAAAGAACCUUUUGUUAAUGACAUUUGGACACCUUCCAUAACAACUUCUGGAUUCACAGCUGCAAUUAACCCACCUGAAAAUCUCUGCGUUGCAAACCGAAGUGCCAAUAGUAUACAUUUGACCUGGAAACCUGCCAAAGCUUAUGGAAUGUAUGUUUUACUUUAUAACAUGGUUUGUUGGUCCGAAGUUGAAGUUGAAGAGCAGGAGUAUUUAUCUUCUCGGGAAAAGAUUCCUCUGGUGAGAGAACCUCAAGUUGGUAAACUUUAUAUUAGUAGUACAUUAUCAGAAACAACUGUUGACAAUCUUAUUCCUGGUUCAAAAAUUCAAUUUCAAAUAGAAAGUUGUUUUGGAACAGCCCAAGAUAGUCCCAUUUCUGAGAUCUUUCAAACCAAUAUUGUCACAACUUGGACAAGAGCACCGCCUGCUGUACCAAAGUUAUUAGUUACUAACAUCAGUCAGGAAGAAUUUGAGUUAUCAUGGAACAGACCUGUGCUGUUAGAUCUUGAUACUUCUAGACCAAUCAACAAAGAUGCCAGUUGUAUUUUACGGCGAACACUAAUUGGCUACAAAUUAGAAAUAAACUUUGGAGAAUAUGUUGUUCUUUCUCCCUCUGCAACGUCUUACAUCUAUAAAAAUCCAAAACCAGGACAAACUUAUAAUUUUAUGCUUACAGCUGUUACAUGUGCCCUGCAAACAACCAAAGAAAAUAGAUCUAAUUGGCAAGAACUUAUUGCUGUUUUUCAUACACCAACGCAUAGUAAAGACUCAAUAGAUUGUUCCCUUGAAGAUAUUGAUGCUUCAUCUUCUGAGGUUGUGUCUGUCAACACACCAUUGACACAUGAUUUUAUACAAUUUGACUGGCUAUCUUGUAAGUACUCUAAGGUUGGAUCAAGUCAGCUGAAGCUUCAAAGUAACAAUGAAAAUGUGAACUAUCCUGGUGCAAUAGUUGUGAGGUACAAAAUUAGUGGGAAAGCUUUUAAUGUUGACUCCCUUAAGAUUAUCUGGAGCUCAAAAUCAGAUGAGUUUUUUACAGAUGAACUUGAAUAUGAUUCCAGAGGAUAUGAAAUAUAUUUCCCAAAGCCCAAAUCUGUUUAUUGUAUCAGAGUAGAAGCGAUUGCAGAAGAAGGAGGUUCCCCUAUUACAAUAAGUUCUCCAUACGUGUAUUGUCAGGUUCCAGGCCCACCUGAUCCACCAUUUAUUACAUGUCAUAAUAUCAGUAAACAAGGAUUUGAUAUAGAUUGGAAUGAGCCACAGACAUAUGGGGGGAAUGAAGUCGGGGGUUAUAGUGUUGUUGUUAAUGGAAUGAAAAUGGGUAAAGUCCUUCCAAGCAUGUGCAGAAGUUGCACUAUUCCGUGCAAGCCCGGACGAACAUACAAAGUUUAUGUGGUGGCUCUUAGUUCUGAUCCUUCCUAUACAAGUUCAGAAAAAUCAAAUGAACUUAUAGUAAACACAAUGUCUGAAAAUGAUGAAAAAAAUUUAACUAAGAAGAUUGAAGAAGUUAUGCCACUUGCAGAUAUUCUACUUGAGGUUGUUUCUCUAUAUGAAAAUGCAGUAGAAAUAGCAUGGGAAGAUCCAGUUUUAGACAAUAUCUCCAUGUUGGAUCAUUUCAAUAUACAGUGGACAACAUCUCAUUCAAAGAUUAACUCAGCUAAUUUGGACGCUUCACAUCAUGACUAUUAUAUCUCUAAUAUGUCUGCUGGUGAAACAGUAUUUAUAACUGUUUCUGCGUGCAGUAAAACUGGUGCUUUAAUUGCAAAAUCACGUCAGCUGGAAACUCAGACUGUUGCAAAUAUUGAAACACCAGUACUAAGGGUUGGAUCUUGUUCUGGUGCAAUGCUUAAUAUAGAGUGGAAAACUCCAAAAGUGUAUGGAGAUGCUCUGAUAGAAAAGUAUGUGCUUCGAUUAGAUGGUGUUGACUAUGAUGCUGAUGUUAACAAAGAUGCAAAUACAUAUCAAUUCAUUUCCUGUGAACCUUGUUGCACUUACAGUUUUCAACUACAGGCUAUAAGUACAAAAACUGGGUACAGUAGUGAAUUUUCAAAAGAAUUGUUUGUUACAUGUCCUGGUGCGAUUGAACCAGAACUUUGUCGUAUUAAAACUCCUGUUGUAAACUGCAUCAAAGUAUGCUGGAAAGCACCAGAACUAAAAGGGAAUGCCCAAGUUGCAAAUUUUUGGGUUUAUUAUUCUCCUGCACAAAGUGGUGUUUUUCAAGUAACAGCAAGUGAAGUCAUUAACCAUCCUGGAGCUAUUGCACAUGGGCCUCUUUCAAAUAAAGUUUAUGAAGAUAGUUUGACAGGAAUUAAUCCAUGUGAUAUGUACAAUGUUGUAUUACAGGUUGAUUUAUUGCCAGCGGACUGCAGUAGUGUUUUUUCAUCACCUCUACGAACCAAAGCAGCUAGUCCUCCUAACCCACCAGCUAUCAGUGCACAAAUUCUUGGAAUGGAAGAGAGAAUUUUUUUAGAAGAGCUUUUGCAAAAGCUUAUAUCUGUUAGAGAUAGAUUGUGUCGUGAAGUCAACAGCUUAAGAAGUACAGUAAUAAUAAAACAUGUUGCUGAUCGAGACUAUGAACUGACUCGUCUUUUUCAUAUUCUUUCUAAAAUUGAUGUACGAAUCAAGCAAAUUAUGAAAGAAAUAAAAACCUACACAGGUCAGGUAAAAGUUUUGUUAUCAUGGAACUUCCCUGGUCAUGAUGAAGAUGCUACUGCAAGUGGAUUUCAAGUACUUAUUGACAAUAAGCAGUAUGGUCCUGAUUUGUCAGUUCAUACAAAUAGUGCUGUUGUUGAGUUGCCAUGCGAUACCAAAGUACACAUGAUUAGUGUUAUUACUACAACACAGCAUCCUGUUGGUAGUAGUGGGUAUUCGAACACUGUUAGUAUAAACAGUGAUGAGUUCCUUCCAUUUUCAUUUUUUUGUUACUUUGAAAGUCACAUUAAAGGAGCUGGAUAUUCUCAAUCGAGUUGCUGUAGUUAUGAAAAUACCCUAAAUUUGGACUCAAGCCGAAAAUAUGAUAAACCAGGAAAAGCAAUUCCUUAUCGUGGCUUUAUAAAAAAUGGUGUUGCUGCUCCAUUAGUACAAGGUGUUGAAAUUAGAAGCUUGGAAUGGAAACCAUUGGUGGAGAAAUCUGGGAAACCGACAUUUGUUUUGUUUUGGACAAACUGGUGUCGACCAUCUGUUCGGCUUCUCCAUCUUCUGACUAAAUAUGCUGAUGAAAAUCCAUACAAUUUUGCUUUUGUUACUUGCUGCACUCAUAGUGGUGAAUCUUCCAAAUCUCAUUUGUCAAAGCUACAAGAAAUUUAUAAUGAAAAUGGUUGGUCAGAUAUGUCGUCAGUCCGUCACUUAUGCACCUGUGAACAAAACGUUGAUAGUCUUCUUGUACGGCGUAGUAUAUCUGGCAAUACCCUCUCUCUACCUACAACCGCUGAACUAUUUAACAUCGUAGGAGUACCAUCUAUAGUUGUUUUGGAUGCAAAAGGUUAUGUAUCUUGGCAAGGAAGAAUAUGUGCAUUAAACUAUCAAUAUUUUGGUAACUUUGUAUCUCACGUAUGGAGUCAGGUAGUUCAUCAACCAUGCGAGGUUCGAGAUUGCUGUUUGUGCACAGCUGAAUCACGCCAAGAACGUUAUCUUGUUGAUGAAGAUCUUAUGAAUGAUCUGGUUGAUACGUUACCGCAUUCCAAGUCUAAAGCAACGAAAAAAUCAGUUUCAGGUUUAUCACAGGCUAAUCGAGGUCGGAAGAAUUUAAAGACCAAACCUCCUAAAUUUCACAAUCCAUAUGAGGAAGAAAGCAUUCAUGAACUUUUUACUCGGAGUCGCAAGGCUAAACGCAGCAAUUCGAUAUUUCCAUUAAUAGAAUCAGAUCGAAAUUUAAUACGAAUUGAACCCCCUAAAAAGAUUACUCCGUCUAGCGAAAUUAACACUUUGAGGUCAUUAGCAUCAAUAAGUUAAAACUUUUUUUACUUUUAACUGUUUGUGAGCAUGAACCCAUAAUUAUGUACUGGAAUUUACUUUAAGCUCAUUGGGUAAGAGCUUAAGUUACUUAAUUAGAAGUAAAAGUUGUAAUAAGAAAUAUGAUAAGCAUGAUUCCUAAUAUAAUUAAUGUGUAAUAUAAAAAAUAUGAUUUGUAAAUAGCUAAAGAAAAAAAAAAUUAACUGAUUUUAA